GUUCUAAAAAAAAAUAUUACAUGAUGUCAUCACUACCCGGUAUUUAUAACACUAUACCCACAUGCCCAAAACUUGUCCAAACGAACAACCGAUUAUUUUUAAGCUUUUUUUUUUCUGGGUUUAUUAGAGAAGUGAUUAUGCGUUUAAUGGGUUUGUUGGGAGACGUGUCAGUGUUAUCAAGAAGAAGAAGAAGAAGAACAAGAGACCGCAUUAAAUGUUGCUUUCUGGAUCACAGAAGAAGAAAACAGCGAUACCACAGAUGUGUUCAAACUCUUCCGAAAGAUCCAGACAAGACAAGACUACGGGGGGAUUCUCCAGACAUGGCUUCAGGUUUGGUCAUCAGGUCGAUGCUGUUUCUCUGUCUCUUCUCCGUCUCCCUCGCCGGAAAUUCCACCGCCGGCGAUCAGGCUCUCCGGCCUCAUGACGAGCUUCGGAAGCUGAAACUCAUCAGAAAACAUCUCCAGAAGAUCAACAAACCCGCCGUCAAGACCAUUCAGAGCCCAGAUGGCGAUAUAAUAGACUGUGUUUUGUCUCACCAGCAACCUGCGUUCGAUCAUCCCCAGUUACAAGGACAGAGACCAUUGGAUCCGCCGGAGAUGCCGAAAGGGCAUAGCCAAGGAGAUGAAUUGUCUGAGAAUUUCCAGAAGUGGAGUUCAUCAGGAGAAUCUUGCCCUCAAGGAACGGUUCCGGUCAGAAGAACGACGGAGAAGGACAUGCUACGGGCAUCUUCCCUCCGUAGAUUUGGUCGGAAAUUCAGACACGUUCGAAGAGACUCCACUAGCAACGGCCACGAACAUGCAGUGGGAUACGUAACAGGAGCGGAAUACUACGGAGCGAAAGCCAGUAUCAACGUAUGGAGGCCACGUGUCGUUAGUCAAUACGAAUUCAGCUUAUCUCAGAUUUGGGUUAUCUCCGGUUCUUUCAAUUCCGAUCUUAACACCAUCGAAUCUGGCUGGCAGGUUAGUCCGGAGCUGUACGGCGACACCUACCCGAGAUUCUUCACCUAUUGGACGUCCGACGCAUACCGAACGACGGGGUGUUACAAUUUGUUGUGUUCGGGGUUCGUCCAAACCAAUAGGCGUAUUGCGAUAGGAGCCGCAAUUUCUCCCGUUUCGUCGUACAAAGGUGGACAGUUCGACAUAAGCCUGAUGAUUUGGAAGGAUCCGAAGCAUGGGAACUGGUGGUUGGAAUUCGGGUCGGGGAUUCUAGUAGGGUACUGGCCGGCGUUUUUGUUCACGCACCUGAGAAGGCACGCGACUAUGCUCCAAUUCGGGGGAGAGACAGUGAACACUCGUCCCGGAGGUUACCACACUUCCACACAAAUGGGAAGUGGUCACUUGUCGGGAGAAGGUUUCAAACGCGCCUCCUAUUUCAGGAAUAUCCACGUGGUCGAUUGGGACAACACUCUCGUCCCUUUGUCCAAUCUCCGAGUUCUGGCCGACCAUCCUAAUUGUUAUGACAUCCGAGGAGGGGUAAAUCGGGUUUGGGGUAACUUUUUUUACUACGGAGGUCCCGGUAAAAAUCCUAGAUGCCCUUGAUGUCUCCACCACAAGUUUUCGGAUCCAUGAUUUGAUUCGUAGCGUAAUUUUUUUGUAUUGCGGGUAAAAUAUUCACCAUUUGUUAACAUGGUUUUGUGUAGAGAAAGUAAAAAAAAAAAAAAAAAAGGAGGGGAAAAAAUGGUGUUAAAGUAGGUGUUUUGCAUACACCCCGGUGAUAUCAAGGCUUACACCAACUAAUUUAUGUUACCAAUAUGUAAAUGUAUUUUAUUCUUUUUUUUUUUUGCAAUUUAUUGCCUCAUGUC